UUUGAACAUAUACACUCGAAGUGCGAAUCCCCUGGUGCGUUGAAUUGAGUGCUAAAUUUCUAUCUGGCAAAAAAAGAAAAAGUUAAAAGGUGAUGAAGCUCUAAUGCUACACUAUAAUGUAUUAGAGAAAGUUCUCAUCUAAAUUAUCAGAUUCGUAGAGUUGUUAACGAUAUGUCUAAUAUCUGAAAUAUAAAAAUUAACAAAUCUCUUUGUAUUUGCCUGAAGCAACUAUCCAGUUUCAUAUUUAAAAUAGGCAGUACUUCUGUUGAUAGUAUUUUGUAAAUAAAUCUGGGAUCCUUUUCUUAUCAUGUUGAGUUAUAUUUUAAGCAGCUGACUGCCAAAAGCAAUUACAGGUUUAAUUUUUGAAUACAUUUGUGCUGAUCAGAUUAUUUAUCCUUUUACCAAAAUUUAUUUAUUCUUUCCAAUUGAUUACCUUGAAAAAUUUGAGGGGUAUAGCAAUCUUUGGAACAAUAUUUUUAAUGACUUAAUUCAAUAUUCUGCCUUCUGGGUUCCUUUUAGUCAUUAAAAAGAUGAUUUCUUGGUCUCAUCUUUGAUUAGAACAAGGAAAUUGAUAAACAGCCCUUUAACAACAUUCUGCUGUCUCUAUGUUUCUCUUGUUAUGUAAAUGUGCGUAAUUAAAAUUAAAGAAUAUAAAGAUAAUAUAAUAUAUAGCACGAGUUAACCUGUGGAAGCCACGUUUUCAAGUAACAAAGAUAAGGUUAAGUGUCAAACAGAUUUGAUCGACCAUAGAUAGCCCCAGAAAUUAGGAGUCUGCUACAGUAUCGACAUUUGUCCUAACGGUCAUAAUAUAAUCGUUGAAAAAAGUUUAAAGAAACAGCAACCCUCCCCCACCAGAUUCGCUCUCUCUCUCUUCAAUAUUCAAUCUUCCAUUUUAAUCAGUCUCUUCACAUCCAGCAAAUCCGCACAUAUCAGACCUGUUCAGCAUCUCUCUCUUUCUCUCUCUGCCAUUUUUCUCCCCAUCUCUUCCCGAGCUAUAUCAUCACCAUCAACGCCAUUAUCUUAGUUUUCUUGUUGGUUUGGCACUGUAGAUUUCAAACUCGCAUUGUUUGUUUCCCAAGAUUUUGAUGCCGGAAAUAUGACCCUUAAGGGUGGCACCAGCCAGGCCUGUGCUGCGUGCAAAUACCAAAGGAGAAAGUGCUCCUCUGAGUGUCCUUUAGCUCCUUACUUCCCUCCUGACCAACCUCAGCUGUUUCAGAAUGCCCAUAAAUUAUUUGGUGUAAAAAAGAUUACCAAAUUACUCGAAAAUCUUGAAGCCUCUCAACGGGAAGAGGCAAUGCGUUCCGUUAUUUAUCAAGCCAAUGUUCGCGAUAGAUUCCCUGUUCAUGGAUGCUGGGGCAUCAUCUGUCAGCUUCAUUACCAAAUUAGGCAAGCUGAAGAAGAGCUCCACGCUGUUCAUGCACAACUCGAAAUGUACAGGCAACAUCAACAUCAUCAGAUUUCAUCCUUAACUGAUGAUGUCCCUUCACAAUUACAAUUAGGGAUGGCUCCUCCUAGUAAUGCCCUUUCGCUUUUCGGUCACAAUGCCCCUCAGCCUUACAAUUCUUUGCCUCUUUCACAACAGCAUUCCUACUCUAAUAGCAGUAAUGCUGGUUAUAGUUCUGGUUACUUAGAUUCCAAAGAACAUUUAGGCAAUUCUUUGUGGGCUCAACAGCCGUAUGCGUCCACCAAUAAUAAUAAUAAUAAUAAUAAUAUCAAUCCUAUGGCAAUUCAAUCUCACUUUGUUUCAUCACAGCCACUGGCUAUACAACAAGAAGUUGUUCAAGAUUACGAUGAAAUCCAUCCAUUUUUCGAUACAAUUGAUGACAGACAAUCAUAUAUUGAUUCUAAAGAGGCAUAUGAGUCAAGCUCUGAAGAAUCAUUGAAGGACACAACACAGUCCAUUGAGCAUGUUGCUGAGAAUGAAUUGAAGAGUGCUGCUGCAUGUUUCAGUCUUACCAGUGUCAAUUGAACAGUGAGCAAGAGAAUUUCAAUUUUUUUUUUUCCUUCAGCAUAGAGUAAAUCCUACAAUUUUGAACUCUCACUUCCCUUUUUUUUUUCAAUCCUUAACACUUUUUUUUCAUAAUUUUGAGUUUCUAUAAUUGAUUUUAGAAUAAUCAAUUAUCCUUUCCAAUAACUGUAAUCAUUUUUGGAUGCCCAGAUGUUUGAUAAAAAUUUGUGGAGUGAUACACACUUGGAGGUAAAACACCAACCUAUUAUGCUUUGUUUUGGUUUUAUUAAUUAGUUAGAAUUGAAAGAAAAAUUGAAAAGUGCUAAAUCUUGAUUUUAGUUGAAGUUUUACAUUGUUUCAAAAAUAAACCAUUUCUUUUACCUUUAAAAGUAGAGCUUUUUCAACAAAACAAUUUCAAGUAAGCUUUUUUUACUCUUCAAACUGCUUUUUAUCUAACACAUUUUUCUUAUUUAUAUAAGAUAUAUUGUGUUUUUGAAGUAUGAAUUAAUUUGUGGGUAUUUAAAUUUAAAUUUUUUUUAUAUAUCAUUCAAUUAAUUUAUAUUCGCAUAAAUCUAUAUAAGAGAAGAAUGCUAUUUAUUUAAAAGGUAAGUUGUUUGAGGACAAUCACAUCACAAAAUGCUCAUUUUUUGUAACUUUUGUUCAUAGAAUGCGAUUAUGUAUGAGCAAAAGCAGAAAGUCAAACAAAACUUUUCCAUAGAGACUCAACUCAAUCUUGUUUUGAACCCGAUUAAUUUUCUGCAACCCGAUUCACCUCGAAUUUAUAUGGGCAGAAAUAUUAUUAUUAAACUCAGAAACUUAAGUUUUUAGGAAUUAACAAAAUUUUUUAAAAAUUAGAGUAAUUUUCUAUGUACAUAUUAUCUCAAUAUUAUCAAAUACUACAUAAAUGGAACGGGGAUAGGAUAGGGUAGGAGAAGACAAGCACGACUAUAUGCUGCACAGAGACUCGGGCCGGGGCGAGCAGUGCCCUUCCUGGAGCGGGCGAGGCAGGUUUAUUGUAAACAUUUCUUUUUUUUUUUUUUAUUUUAUUAAUGUAAACUAUAAAUUUAUUUAUAUAAAAAACAAAUUAUAUUAUGAAUAUAGUGU